GGAGGCGCAGAGGAGAGCGGAGGCUUGUAGGCCGCGCUGGAGCAAUGGCGUCCGGGAGCGGUUCGGAUGCCGCGGAGCCGGCAGAGCCUCGAGCGGCGCCGGGAACAUCGAGGACCCAGGAGGAAAUUGAGCUACAGGUGACGAGGCGGCAGCUUCAGUGCAUGAGGUUCGCGCUGAUAGCGAAAUGCGACACCACCAUGGCCCACACCUUCCUGUCCGAGAACGACUGGCAGGUGGAAAAAGCGCUGAGCGCCUACUUCGAACCGCCCGAGAACGACCCGGCGUGGCCACGGGAGCCCCCGAAGUCCUUCAAGUCCGAGGCCUAUGUUGAUCUAACUGUUGAGGAUCCAAAUGAUACCACCAUUUUAGAAACUAGUCCAUCUGGACCACCUCUAGAAGAUAGCAGCAUUUUCUCUUUCAUUACCUGGAAUAUCGAUGGAUUAGAUGGAAGCAAUCUGCCAGAAAGGGCCCGAGGGGUGUGUUCCUGUCUGGCUUUGUACAGUCCAGAUGUGGUAUUUCUGCAGGAAGUUAUUCCCUCAUAUUGUGCCUACCUAAAGAAGAGAGCAAGCAGUUACAAAAUUAUUACAGGUAACAAAGAAGGAUAUUUCACGGCUAUACUGUUGAAGAAAGGAAGAGCAAAAUUUAAAAGUCAAGAGAUUGUUCCUUUUCCAAAUACCAAAAUGAUGAGAAACCUUCUGUGUGUGAAUGUGAGUUUGGGUGGAAAUGAAUUUUGCCUUAUGACAUCUCAUUUGGAGAGCACCAGAGAACAUUCUGCGGAGAGAAUAAAUCAAUUAAGAAUGGUUUUUCAAAAAAUGCAAGAGACUCCAGAUUCAACUACUGUUAUAUUUGCAGGAGAUACAAAUUUAAGAGAUCAAGAAGUUAUCAAAUGUGGCGGUUUACCCGAUAAUGUUUUUGAUGCCUGGGAAUUUUUGGGCAAACCUAAACAUUGCCAGUAUACAUGGGAUACAAGAAUAAAUAACAAUCUCAGGAUUUCUGCUGCUUAUAAGCAUCGUUUUGAUCGAAUAUUUUUCAGAGCAGAAGAGGGCCAUCUUACUCCCCAAAAUUUAAGCCUUGUUGGGGUGGAAAAACUGGAAUGUGGUAGAUUUCCUAGUGAUCACUGGGGUCUCCUGUGCAACUUGAACAUAGUGUUGUAAAAAGCUUCCCAAAUUUGGGCAUUACAUGCUUGUUUGCUGUAGUUCUGGAUUUGUACAGAUCUCAACCUUUCAGGAAAGCUAGGUUUAGUACAGGAGAACUAGUAAAGGAGAUCAUUAGUACAGCAAAAACAGUUUCAUUUUACUUUGUAGCUUUUGUCCUCAAAAUUAAGAAUUGGUGUUUAUAAUAAGUCAAAGUAUACUUGUGUUAAGAAUAUGAGGGCUUUUGUUUAAAGAACACAGCCUCAGCUUGUAACAGUGCUCAUUGCUGCUAUCAGGACUUCAAGUAGUGAAAGCCAGCCUUGACAGUAUACUAUUGUUUUGAUUAGGCACCAAGGUGUCUUAUGUUUUCUAAGUUCAGAAACUUAAGUGAAAAGCCAUGACCAUACGUAGUAAAGUAGGUCACAGCUGCUGCAUAUCCAACUUAAUCUUUUGUCGGCUGACAGUGUAUAAUGAUUAAGUUAUGAGUCAAAUUUGCACUUUGAAUUCCAGUAACUGUUCGAUUAGUAUUAGUGUUUUGCUGAUAAGUGACUUAAAGUUCGUUUUGGCAGAGAUUAAACCCAGCUUUAGCAACAUGGGAAUUUUUUUUUUUUUCUAAGGAAAAGUCAUGAAGAAAAAUAGCCUUUUUUGUUACUGGUAAGAUAGAAAUACUUUGCAGGAAGUGAGUAAAGAAUACUUUAUUGGUAAAUGUUCUGUAAAGAAUAAUGUACUGUAAAUAAAAUGUUUUGUUAGUAAA